GAUGUUAUAAUUAGACUAAUGAUGUUCCUCAUCAUAAUCAUAUUCGCUAAUCAGCUAAUGGUGUACAUAGACACAGAGUUCAAAGGGUGCCUGGUAUUCCCCGCCAAUAUAGUUUGGUGUAAUCAUACUAACAUUUCAGGAACAUUCAUGUUCAACAAAUGCUAUAAUGCAUUGUGCGUUUGCUCGAUAUUAAUAUUCGACUUUGAAGUAAGACAGCACGAACGUAUAGUGAUCUCAUUACAACAUAAUUAUAAACGGGAAAAUGGCGGGAGUGAGAAACCCUAAAAAAACCCGAAUCGCAGAGUUGACAGCAGCUUCACGAAAAUACACCCCUGGAAUAACCAUUCGGGUGGAGGCAAAACGACCGAAGAAUCCUCCUCCUCAGACGAGAAUCGGAGUUUUUGGGGUACCUGGUGUUGGGAAGUCGGCCCUCAUUAAUUCUCUUCUGUAUGUCACUAACAAAGAAGAUAUGUGGAACCACAUUGCUCCAGAAGGGUACGUUGACAAGGUUACCUGCACCAUGACACGGGAUUCUUACGACCUGACUGACCAUCUGGCUGUCUGUGAUAACAGGGGUAUGCAGGAUUACAGCAAAACGUAUAUGGGAGAAGUCAAAUACCAAUUAGGGGGAGCGCGGCGAGAUGGCGAAGAGGUUGUAUGGGAUAAAAAUGCAAUACAGAAACUAGAUGCAUUCUUUAAGAGUAUGCAGAUGUCCAAAUCUACCAGCAAGCAAUUAGAGAUCCACUGUGCCGUAAUAGUUAUAAGUGGCGAAAGCCUUCCUGCUAGAGCGGCUGAUUUAGCUGACCUCGUCAACACAAUCAAGGAUAAGACAGGAGAACAUCCCAUUUUUGUCAUAACGCACAAAACAACGUUAUCCGUCAAGGAUGUGACAAAUUUUAAAUCUGUCCUUCCCCGUCUGGGAGUUCGAUUCGUCUUCGAGAUCGAGAACUAUACAAGGGAGGAUCACGCCUAUGACGAAGAGAAACAUAUGGAGUUGCUGGAAGUUCUCAACCAGUGUACGAUCGUGGCAGAUAAAGCCUUAAAAUCUGCAGAAAAUCAAGAAUCGGGAGAAUCGGCUUGCAUCCUAUUGUAGGGAUAACGGAAUUUGCUGACACCAAGGAGCUUCCCUUGCUGACACCUCUUGCGUAACAUGUAGGCCCGAUAUAAGCGGCGAUCCCGGGGCGAACUUUUUUUCAUAUAGUUCUAUGAUUUUGCCUCUAAUUGCAACGACGAUUCAGAUAAUAGACUAUGAAAUACAUUUAAAGUCUUAACUUAAAAUAAUAAAGGGGGAAUAAAUCAUUGCAAGCCUUAAAGUAUUCCAACAAUGAGAGCCGUAAUUGAGGUAAGGCAAAUUACUUUUAAUUCUUUACGGCUGUUGAAGAUGUAUGAUUGAUGGAGUAAGCCAUAGUAAACCUUGAUGGAAUUAAUUGAUACAGGAUAGAGAACACGGUAAGAGCAAAAUAUUUUGAGAGAUGGGGGUCCUCUAUGACUCUUAGUGACCCUAUAGAAAAGGGUCGUCUCUAAACCCC